AUGUGCGAUUUCUCGUUCUUAUGGGUAAGACUAGCCUACAUGUGGCUAUUUCAACAGGGCCAGCCUGAUCUGAGCUUGUUGGGCGAAAUUUCAAGUAUUCAGAGAGACAAGGAUGGUAUUUGCCCAAACUUCAACAUGGAGGAUACAGAGGUCAAAAAAGGGGGGAAACCGGCCGUAACGAGGACAUGGUAUUCUCUUCGAGACCCAAAGACCGGAUCGCUGGUCGAGGAAAUGACGGCCUGUUCGGACUGCGUUGCGCAUAUCAACAUCAUCUUUCCUUGCCUGAAGCGGAUUUUUGCGCCAGUUGCGGAUGGACAAGCGCUACUUGCAACCUGCGACCUUAUGACUCAAGGAAAUGGACAACAACGGUGUCUAGAGUACGUUGACAAGAUCGCCAGCGUUGCAGAAAUUACACUGGAAACCAAAACCCGGGACGUUACACCACUGAUCGAUUUUGUCAAGAAGUGGGCACCAGUCCCUGUCUGCCAAAAGGGGAAUUCGGUCAAAGGAGAGAAACAAUACUGCUUGUCAUCCAUGGCAUCCGAGUUCACCGCUUGUGAAGACUGCUACCUCAAACACGUUGAGCCCCUCUACUCCAGUUCACCGCGACCAGCGAUCCUCUCGCAGUUCAGGGCUCAAGAACCACACCCUGGUGGUUUCAUGUGUGACCUCUACUCUCCCCGCCUUCAGACCUACUUCACAGACGCCUGCCGUACCAAUGACCUGUCAACUUUUCGGCAGAAGAUUCAGGCACGAAACAACAAGAUGCAAGAAUUGGAUAUUCAGCUUGCACGCAUGAAGCAAGAGUUCCAGCAGCUGAAGAUGCAGGAGAAUAUGCAUAUGAAUCAGAUGAGGAUCGCUCAAUCGCAGGCUAGGAUGGCUAGCACGCAAUGGACUGUCAGCGGAUGGAUCGGACCCCCAAUUGAUUGGAGUGCGACGAAUGCGCAAAUGGCCAAGGCUAGCGAAAAGGCUAUGCAGGCGGCUAUUAUUCAAGACAACAUGACGGCGUUGGAAAAGGAAUGGAACGACCACUGGAAGUAA